AUGGCGUCUCUCGAUGCCAUCCCGCUCGCGUCCCACGACACGGCGCUCUGCAUCAUCCCGCCGCGGCACCUGUGGCCGGCCGUAGACAGCCUGCGAGCGCUCUACGACAAGGCCCACGGCAAGUGGCCGCCACACGUCAACGUCAUCUACCCCUUUGUGCGGCCCGAGGCGCUCGGCGCCGCCGCCGAGCGGGUCGCCGCGGCUGUAUCCCAGCGCGGGCAGGACGACGACGGCGAAGAGGCGCUGCGCCUGUCGCUGGACGCCGCGGGCGUGUUUGCUGCCCACAACAAGAAACACGACAACACCAUCUACCUGCACGACAGCGACUAUGUGCGCUGCGCACGGCUCAAGCGGCUGCGGCGGCACGUGCUCGCGGCGCUGGGCCCGUCGUCCCAGUCCCACCAGCAGGCGGCAAACAACUUCCAGAUGCACAUGACGGUGGCGCAGAGCGCGGACGCCGAGUCGGCGACGCACGGGUUUCUCGUCGACAAGGUGCGCUUGCUGCCAGCCGUCGCGUGGGACGUCGGCGAGCUGUGCAUCCUGGUCCGCGAGCGCGUGCAGCUGCAGGGCGCCGCCACGAGCCAGAUGAAGCUGUGGGCCAGCGUCAGCCUUUUCGAUGGCUCCGUGACCCGACCCGAGCGGCCUCUGGGGUUUCGCGACGACGACAACAUGAGGAGGCCUGUCCUGCUGUCGUCGGAUGACAGUGGCAACGAGAAUGACAAUGGCGAGGAUGACAAGGACAGGUUGCAGACCAACGCGCCAUACCGCUUCGACGGCCGUCUCUGGCGGCGCUAUCCAGCAGCGGCUGCCGAUGCCCGCAGCGUCGCUGCCGCAGAUGCUGCCACACCGCCGGCAGCCACGCUCAGCAUCUCGAGCUACAACGUGCUGGCCGAGUUCGACUGGCCGGCGUCCGAGGCGCGGUACCCUCUGCUCCUAAAGAACCUGCUCGCCGACAACGCCGCGGCCGACAUGGUGAUCCUCCAAGAGGUGACGGACAGCUUCCUGACGUUCCUUCUCGGCGACGGCGGCGUGCGCGCCGCGUACCCCUUCAGCUCGCACGGCCCGCCGGCGCAGCCCGACGUCGCGCCGCUGCCGAGCCUGCUCAACACGGUCGUGCUGAGCAGGCGCGCCUUUGACUGGCAGUGGCUGCCGUUCCGGCGGCAGCACAAGGGCGCCGUGGUUGCGCGGUUCCACGACGUCGGGAAGCGCAGCGAAGCCGGACACCUCGUCCCGGUCGUCUUCGCCGCCGUCCACCUCACGUGCGGCCUCACCGACGGCGCCGUGGCUGCUAAACGGACCGACGUGCAGCGCCUGCUCAGAUAUCUGGCGAGCGCGUAUGCGGGCCACGCGUGGGUGAUGGUGGGCGACUUCAACAUCUCGACGUCGUCGUACUCGAUCGGCGCGGCGCUCGAGAAGAAGACGCUCUCGCCGCUGUCGGCGGGCCAUCUCGGCGCGUUCGACGCCUUGUUUGCCGAUGCCGCGCUCGACGACGCCUGGCGCGUCGCAGCUGGGGCCGGGGCGGUCGGUGAGGAGCUGUACGAUGGCGAGCAAGGCGCCACGUACGACCCGACCGUCAACGGCGUGGCAGCCGCCAUCGUCGGGAGCGGCGCCAACAUGCGCCCGCAGCGCUACGACCGCAUCCUCGUGCGCGGCGAGGGCCUGCUCAAGGUCGCCCGCUUCAACAGGUUCGGCUUCAUCAAGGGCCGGACUAAAGGGGGUAGUAGCGCAGAGCCCUCGUACGCGAGUGACCACUGGGGAGUGCGGUGUGUCGUGGCCGUGGGAGGGGAGGAUGAGAGUGACAUAUUAGGUAACAAGCUAGCCGACGAGGAAACCAGCAGCAACAGCUUCGUGGUCCCCGUCUACCUGGUGAGGGCCCCUGAGAGCCUCUCUGCAGCGGGGACGGUGCAGCAGUGCCUGGCCGACCUAGGCGUGAUCCCGAGCGAGGACGAGAUCUCCAAGCGUAAAGCGGCGCUGAGCUUGCUGAAGAGUGUCCUGCUCGACACACCGGCUUCCCCGAGAGCAGCGGCAGAUACCCCGGAGACGACUGCCAGGCCCCUGCAGCCGGUAGCCUUCGUCGUCGUGCCCGUUGGGUCGUACGCGCUGGGGGUCUGGACGGCGGCGUCGGACAUGGAUGUGCUGUGCAUCGGCCAGCUCAGCGCCAACACCUUCUUCGCGCUCGCGACUCAGCGGCUGCGCAAGGCGGCGGCCACGACGCACAGCCACGACAUGCGCAUCCUGCGCCGGGUCAAGGCGCACUCGGGCACCAUGCUCGAGCUCGAGGUGCUGGGCAUCAAGAUGGACCUGCAGUACUGCCCCGCCGGCGCCGUGGCCGAGAGCUGGCCGGCGGCGCUGCGCCUGCCGUCCACGAACCCCGUGUGGUCGCUGUCGGCGUCCACGCUGGCCAAGCUCAAGGCGGCGCGCGACGCCGAUUACCUGGCGCGGUCGGUGCCGGACCGGGUAGCGUUCCGGGCCGCGCACCGGUUCGUCAAGACGUGGGCGCGGUCGCGCGGCAUCUACGCGGCGCGCUUCGGGUUCCUCGGGGGCGUGCAGGUCUCCAUCCUGCUGGCGCGCGUGUGCAAGCUGCUCGCGCAGCAGCAGCAGCCCUCCUCCCGAGAAACGCUCCCGGUGGGGGACAUUCUCGUGUCCUUCUUCCAGCACUACGCCACGUUCGACUGGGCGACGCAGAUGGUCUUUGACCCGCUGUUCCAUCGCUAUUUUGGCGCCCGCCCGCAGCCCCCCUACUCGCGCAACGCCGCGCGCGAGCCGCUUGCCAUCCUCGGCUACUUCCCGCCCGCGCUCAACACGGCGCACGCCGCCUCGGUGCCCUCGACCCGCACCAUCGCUGACGAGUUCCGCCGUGCGGCGGCAUUGCUCUCGCCGCUGUCACCGGGCGGCGACGGGGAGAUAAGCACCACCACCACAUGGACAUCGUUCCUCGCCCCCGAGACGGUGCCCGCCACGGCCUUCCUCGCCGCGUACAAGACGUACGUCAAGAUCGAAAUACAGUACUGGGGCCUGUCUCUCGCCAAAGGCCAGCAGUUUAUCGGCUGGCUCGAGAGCCGCUGCGUCAUGAUGCUAGUCGAUCUGGCGCGGCGGGCGCCCGCGCUGCACGCACGCAUGUGGCCCGCGCGGUUUGUCGAGGUUGACGCCGACGCCAACUCCGGCGCGCCAGCACCCUCCUUCACUCGCCAGAACGACAACGAAGACGACGACGGCACAACAACCCGCGAAUACCGCGGCUGCUACCUCAUCGGGCUGGACGUGGCCGACGUUGCUGACAACAAAACCAAAACCAGCCGCGAGGACAUCAAGCUCGCGCUGGGUGGCGUGCAGACGGCGCUGGGGCGGUUCGAGGAGCAGAUGCGCGGCGACGAGCGGUUCUACGACGCCAAGUCUUCCUGGAUCGGCGCCGAGAUUGUCAAAGGGCGCGAGCUGGCAGCCGCCACCGCUCGGUUCGAGGUUGACGCGCGCGAGUGGGGAGACUACACGCCCGGGGACGAGCUCUCGUCGUCCGAGGAUGACGAGGAUGACGACGGCGACGACGAUGAAGAUUAUGGCGCGGACGAUAACGAAGACGACGGCAGGCUCAGCUUUGGCGUCCUCAGCCACGAGGAGGCCAAGAGGCGGAGGAGCAAGAAGCGAGCCGAGAGCAAAAACAAGAAAACCGAGGAAGCCGUGAAGCUCGACACGGGGCGCAAGUUCCGCACGGCGGCCGACGUGAUGAACCGCCUACGAUGGGACGGCGGGUUUGCCGAGGGCGACUUCCUGGUCGGGUACGAGGACCGGUUCGUUGGGGCGUGCGAGCGCCCGCUCGACGCGUGGAAGACGGAACAGACGGACGAGGAGUUUAUCCCGCAGCACCGCAUCCUGUAUUUCAAGCGGCGCAGCGACGGGGUAGUGGUGUGGGAGCGGAGAACGCGGCUGGAUGAGAUUUUUGGAAGUGGCGUGUAG